AUGAUGAAGGAAGAAUGGAGGGGUUUGGGAGAUGCACAAUCUUUGGAUAAGCUGAAGGCGUUGUCGAAACCACUGGGUAGAUGGCACAAGCAACACUUUGGGAAUAUAGUUAAGAAGAUAAAAAGAUUUAAGGACGAGAUCAAAAAAGUGGACGAUAUGGUUAGCAACGGGUUAUAUGACGGUACAGUAGAAGCAAAAAGAAAGGCAUUAGUAAGAUGUUGUGAGGUAUGGUAUACGAGACAAGAUAUACAUUGGAAGCAAAUGUCUAGAUGUCGACAUGCCAAGGAAAUAGACAGGAACACAAGAUAUUUUCACAAUAUCGCAUCGGCAAGAAGAAGGAAUAACCGAAUUGAGUCUUUGGUGAUUAAUGGGGGACUGUCGGAGAAAGCUCAAGUGCUAGAGGUGUUACCGUCAGAGGAGGAAAUAAAGGAUGCAGUAUGGGAUUGCGAAUCAUCUAAGGCGCCGGGUAGUGAUGGAUACAACAUGAACUUUAUAAAACAGUGCUGGGAGGAGAUUGGAGUGGAGUUUACUAAAGAUGUGACGACCUUCUUUGAGACGGCAAGGCUACCAGCAGAUUCCAAUGUUACUUGGGUAGCACUGGCACCAAAAUUUGUGGGCGCAAAAGAGAUAAAGGAUCUUAGACCAAUCAGUAUGGUUAGAUGCAUUUAUAAGGUGAUAUCAAAAGUGUUGACAUACAAGAAGAAUGAGGAGCGUAAUGCCGGACUUAGUUGGAGAAUCAUAGAGUGCUUUUGUGAAGGGUAA